GUUUUCUUUAUAUAUACUCUACGAAGCUUUUACUUGUACACGGACUCACGAAUCUCUCUCUCUGCUUCCAUCUUCGAUUGCAUAGAGGGAAGAAGAUGGCGACGCCGGCGGUUGAGGGAGGAGCCGGCGGUGGAGGAGCAGCAGCAGCCGCCGGAGUAGGGCAGCCCAGGCAACAGCAACAGCAGCAAGGAGGCUUCGGACAGUCUAUCACUGGAAUCAUAAGGAUCGCUGUCUUUUGGUACUUCGCCUCUAAAUUCUUCUCUCCGAAGAAGCCCUCUGAUCCUGCUAUUCUCAUGUCCAAUCUUUUCCAGAAGGGGGAACCGCUGGAUAUGUGGUUGUAUCUUUCUGAGCAUGAAAGGUUUAACGACUUUGGAAGUGAAGGUGCGCUUGUUUGGCAUGAGAGUGGUAUACCUUAUGCUGUAUGGGGGCAAGAAAGUAGCAGGUCUCUUUCAUUUAAGUACUAUCCAUCUGAGGCUUUGAAGCAAAAUGGAUCUAUGUUUGCACAUGUGUUCUUCGCACGGUCAGGGUACACUCCAGACCCUAGUGAUCCAGAGUUUCAGCCUCUUGCUACAUUUGGAAGGACACAUCCUCUCGUGGUGUAUUUUCCCAAGUCAAAAUCAGAUAAAAGGAGGAGUUUAUUGGGAAAUUCUGCAGGUUCUGAUACUGGUGAAAUUUUGAAAGAGGUUGUUGAUGAUGACCAAGUUGAGGUGAAAGAUGAUGGUCCUGUGGAGUGGGUUUCUUAUUGGAAACCAAAUGUUACUAUUAAUCUAGUUGAUGAUUUUACUCGAUAUCCUCAUAAUGCUGUCCCGCCAAAUAUUGCUCCUUACUUGAAUGUUGAGCCUACUACUGGAAACUACUAUCCAACCAUUUUUUUCAACGAGUUUUGGCUACUUAGAGAUAAGUUGGUUCAAAUAAAUGAGACAGUGAAUGAACUGACCCUUAAUCUCGAAGUGGCUCCUAUAAGCAUGACCAAGUGGCAAUUAUUCCUCCAGAUUGAUCAGUCAUUCCAGAUUCACCGUAACUAUGGAAGCAUGAUUGAAGGCGAGGCUGAUGAGUUGAAGAGGGUGUUCUUGGAAGGAAAUCCCUAUCUCCUGGCAGUUACGAUGGUUGUCUCAUUACUUCAUUCAGUUUUUGAUAUGCUCGCCUUCAAGAAUGAUAUCCAAUUUUGGAACAAAAAUAAGUCUAUGGAAGGACUUUCUGCGAAGUCUGUCAUUGUCAGCUUUAUAUCGCAACUGAUUGUCUUCUUGUAUCUACUUGAUAAUGAUACUUCAUGGAUGAUACUUGCAAGUUCUGGCAUUGGUUGCUGUAUCGAGUUCUGGAAAAUAGGGAAAGCUAUGCAUAUAGAGAUUGAUAGGAGUGGAAAGAUACCUAUGUUGAGAUUCCGUGAUCGCGAGUCAUAUGCAGGAAAUAAGACCAAGGAGUAUGAUGAUCUUGCAAUGAAGUAUUUGUCCUACGUGCUAUUCUUCCUCGUUGCUUGUUCAUCCGUAUAUUCACUCAUGUAUGAACAACAUAGGAGCUGGUAUUCUUGGAUUCUCUCUUCACUUACGAGCUGUGUGUACAUGUUUGGGUUUAUUAUGAUGUGCCCUCAGUUGUUCAUAAACUACAAGCUCAAAUCUGUUGCCCAUCUACCCUGGAGACAAAUGACAUACAAGUUCCUUAAUACAAUCAUCGACGAUCUAUUUGCUUUUGUCAUCAAAAUGCCAACCCUGCACCGGCUUUCGGUGUUCCGAGAUGAUAUCAUAUUUCUUAUCUAUCUAUACCAGAGAUGGAUGUACCCGGUCGACAGGAAACGUAUAAACGAGUACGGUUUUGGUGGCGAAGAAAACGAAAAUCAAGUUGCUGAAGCAACAAUUGCGAGUGUUGCAAAUGAAGAUGACAAGAAAACUAAUUAACUGCCAAUCCUUACAUGU